AUGUCCAACAUUUCACACAUGGCGCGCCGCCUAUUGCGUCCACAAAGCGCAUUAGCUUCCAGGACAAUCCCGCCGUCGAUCGCUCGUCUGCAUCAGCAAGGCCCAUCGCGCUCAGCCGUUGUUCACGACCAAGCAAUUCCUCACGACCAGCACCAUGUGUCAGCUGGCGAAGGGGCCCCGUUUCUCUCUCCAUCAAAAUCACAAGCACCUACGUCACAAUUGUCCGAAAGUGGAGCUACCAGCCUCGAUAGCCUCGUCUCCCAUAUACCUCUUGUUCAGACCCUUCGUGAUGCUCAUAGUUCAUACAAGGAGUCAAGGCCUCAUCUUGCCAUUCCACCUGCUAUCCGGCAACACCACUUCGUUGGCGGCAGCUUGACUGGCUCUGGAAAACUUGCAUUCCAGCCUUACAUGUGGCUUUCCACUGGCAAGCCCGGAUCACAAGCAAGGAAAGAUAGAGCCAGCAGUGUUGUAUCAGUAUUCCACAUCGGCCAAGACCUUUGUGGUCACCCCGGCUUCGUUCAUGGCGGUCUACUUUCCGUGAUGUUCGACGAGGUCUUCGCGCGCUGUGUGUCUGCUGCGUUCCCCAGUGGUCUGGGUAUGACUGCCAAUCUCAAUGUGGAUUUCCGCAAACCCGCUCUGCCGGAUCGUAUAUAUGUGUUGCGCACCAAGACAACCAAGGUCGACGGGAGAAAGGCUUGGGUUGAGGGUCGCAUGACCUAUCUUCCCUUAGCGGUGGCUCAAUCCACGGAUGCCAAAUCUGCCAUGUCUGAUCUCAGUCUACUUCAGGAGGACCAUGAGGGGGCGGUCAUGGUUGCUGAAGCGAAGGCAUUGUUUGUGGAGCCUAAAUUUGCUGACUCUAUGGUGUCUGUUUACCGAAACUAG